AAGUAUCGCUCAUGAAGCACUGCGCUUUGUAAUAUGACGACCUGAAAAUGAUGGGUAAAGUGCUUCAUAAGAGAAUUGGUGCUCCGCAUUGUUAACCAGACAGUCAAUAUUACCGUGCAACCAUAACUUUCUUUUUGAUUGCCUAAAUCGGUUGCCCACUCAUCUCCCAUCCAUGAGUGCUGUGUCGACCGAAACUCCAGACACUCUGGUCAAAAAGCCUGAAUACAAGGUUCCCGAGAAGUCGAAAACGAUAUACACAAGUGAUGACGAAGAUGAUCACCAGUCUUAUGCGGAGUAUAGCGACACAGACGAAGAUGCAUCUGAAAGCGAGGAGGAAAUCGAAUUCCAUGAAGUAACUGAACUUCUCUACAAUCCCAACAUGCGCAACUAUGAAGACGAGCAUGGGUUUACGGUGAAUGUGCGGACAGACGACGAAUACUCUGAUGACACCACAGAUUCAGAAUAUAUCGAAGAGAAGAAAAGACAAUCGCAAAUGAUUACCCCUGAAGCUAUGCAACUAGCCAAUCAAGAAACUGAUUCAGAGAGUGAAUACGAAGACAAGAUUGGCGCAGUUUACAAGUCUGAGAUGUCACGGACUUUCUCUGAUCAUUCAGAGCAGGAACAUCCAUCGUACCGUAAAUCUAUUGAGAGCGUGUCUGAUGCCGGUAGCAACCACUCUGAAAGCAAAAUUGUCGAAAACACAACAGCUGCAUUUGCAACAAAAUCAAACAAUCGCAAUUCUUUCGCUAUACGGCCAAGAUCUCAGAAGAUUACUGCGCUGGAUAGCCUUCAAUCUACAGAUACCAGUGAAUCCGAAGGCGAAGAUGAAUUCAAACGUAAGGGCUUAACAAAGGACAGACCUGCGUCUACCAUGAGAAAUCCGGUAUCUAUCCGGCCAAACACACAUCGACCUGCUGCUCGUGAGAGUUUUCAAUCUACGGACGCUAGCAUGUCUGAAAAUGAACAGACCGAUAAGUUUGUAUCGAUGGAGCUCUCCGAACGACCACAUGCCCAACGACCUGCUGCUCGUGAAAGCUUUCAAUCAACUGACGCCAGUGUUUCUGACAAUGAACACAGAGAUACUUUUGUACCAAUGGCCACGCCUGAGCAACCAAGAUCAAGUAUUAGACACUCGACAUCUGUACGUCGAAGCUCGCAAAGAAUUAUCACUCCAAUAGAUGCUCAAUUGGUACAUGAACUUUCAAGUUAUCUGGAACCGAAGAAGCAGAUCUCUGUGGAAGAAUCUAAUGACACGGAAAAGCAAGUUGCGGAGGCUGAAGAGAUGCAUCUCGAAAAUGCUCCCAUGAAUAAGCGAAGCUCGGUUCCAAAUCCUCAUACCCACGAAGAAGAAGACACAGAACAUGAUUUUGAUGUUACUGGAUACGGUAUUGAUUACCGUAAUGAUGUGGGAAAUCAUUCCCAUCGAUCCUCUUAUUUGUCUGACCAAGAAGCAAUACACCAGGAGAAUGACAAUGUGCACAAGUAUUCUGAGGAAAAGAUACCAGAGACGGCAAGCUCUCACUCUGUGGAAGGCGUUCAGUCUACAUCUGUUUCUGACUUUGAGUCCGAUGCGUCUGCCGACACAACUUUGACCACACCAAAGACAGAGAUCGAGCCAUUAGAUAAGGCGACGAAAACUUCCAUGACAUUCACAUCGCACCAAAAUCUGACAGAAGAGCCUGUACAAAUAACAUCACCAAAAGAUUAUGUAGAUUAUCUUGAGGAAUUGGAACAAACGCCAGAGUUGCCUCCAAAGGAUAGUAUGAACAAAGUUUCGGCCGCUGCGAUAUCAAAUCGAUUCAGCAUACAAUCCCUUAGCGAAAUGAAGGAAAUUUCGCUAGAUCAUUCUUCGCAACCUGAGCCUCCAGCCAAGGACCUUCCCUUAACACCACAAGAUCAUGGAUAUUCCUUGCCAUCCUUUAAUCGUACUGCUCGUCAGUCAAAGACUCUUCCUCCUAUAGACACCAGCAUGGGCAAUGGAAGACAAUCGCUCUCUUCUGAACACUCUAGUCCACGAUCUGGCAUUCUUUCAAAUGCUUUCAGAUUACAAACUCCUCUCACUCUUAGUAAUCCAUUCAAGCGUUCCCCACCUUCGUCCACAGUCACUACACCACGUACCAGUAUAUCAACGGCUCAAACUAGGCCGUCACAAGCCUAUUCUGCAAGACAAAGUAAACGUAUGUCAAAACAACUUGGGUUAGCGUCUCCAGUUGUCGGCGGAUCAGUGGACGAAAUGCUUUUGGCAAGACUAGAGCAACAGAACACUGAGCUUCGAAAAGAUCCUAAAAAUCGAGUUCUCCAGAAUUUGCAACGAGAAGCAGUACGACGAAGCGUGGAAAAUCUGAAACAUGACAAAGCUAACAAGGGCGUAGAUGGCGAAGGAGACUAUGACUGGGAAUUUUGGGCUUUGUGUCUGUCUAACUUCCAACACAUCACUCGAUCACAAUCCCGAGUCCUAGCCACCAACAUCCAGCGCGGUAUACCUCCGUCCCUGCGUGGUAUGAUCUGGCAAAUGUUCUCAAAGUCAAAGGACCCUGUUCUGGAAAGUCAUUACAGAGAUCUUUUGCGCCGCGACAGCCCAUACGAUAAGAUGAUCCAACGCGACCUCGCCAGGACGUUCCCAGAUCAUCAAUUUUUCAAAGAUCCUGAAGGCCAUGGUCAACUUGGACUCUACAAUGUUGUAAAAGCCUAUAGCAUUUAUGACGAGGAAGUAGGGUACUGUCAGGGCAUCGCGUUCAUUGUUGGUGCGUUGUUAUUGAAUAUGCCCGAUGAAGAAGCUUUCUGCGUUCUUACAUGUCUGAUGAAACAAUAUGGUCUUCGUGGCCAUUAUACCCCCGACAUGGAGGGUCUUCAACUUCACUUGUACCAGUACGAGAGGAUUUUAGCAGAACAGCUUCCACAUAUUGACCGACACCUCGAGCUAAAGGGCAUCACAUCAACCAUGUAUGCUUCCCAAUGGUUCAUGACUCUGUUUGCCUACCGAUUCCCACUUGAAGUAGUGUUCCGCAUAUACGAUAUCAUGUUAUCCGAAGGUGUUGAAUCCAUCAUUCGGUUUGCCAUUGCUCUCCUCAAGAAAAAUGAGAAAACCAUUCUUAGCCUCGAUUUCGAAGCCCUCUUAUCUUAUUUGAAAAACGACCUCUUCAAUGACUACGAGACUCAGCAAUUGGUAGAGGAUGCAUGCGCCGUCAGCAUCACCGCUCGACGCAUAGAUCAGCUCACGAAGGAGUAUCGCAACUCAGUUGUCAAGGCACAGAUGGAAAAAGAAGCUAUCGAAGAUCUUCAAAGAUCGAAUGCUGAUAUCUCUCAGACCAUUCAGGAUUUGGAGCAGCGUUUAUCAAAGAUGUUCCAAGAGCACGAUGAUGUCCUUGCCCAACUCGACGAGUCCAAAAAGCAAAUGCGCCAGCUCACAAGUGAGAACGAGCAGAUGCGAAGACAUGUUGCUUCAUUAAAGGAGACAGUUGAACUUCUCCCACAGGAAGUAGAAGCGUUGUCUAGAGAUGAAUUUGAGGUGCUGUGUACUGAGAAUGCUACUCUGAUCGAGAAAAAUUGCUCUUUGGAAGACGAACUGAACUCUGCAGAAUCACUCUUGAUCGACAUGAAAGUUAAAUACGCCGAAAGCGAAAAUGAAACUGACUCGCUUCGAAGACAUCUUAACGAGAUGAGAAGAAUCAUGGCCGUUUAACAAACCCGCAAGUAUUUUUUUGGAACUAUCCAUGAAUUUGUAUUCCAUUUUGCCAUUUUAUACGAUUAAAAUAUCCCCAUCAUACUGUAUUCAUAGACAGUGUGUCUAUUUAAUAAAGUACGUAAAAGACCUUGUAUUAUUCAACACCAGAUAAA